GCUUCAGAAAUCAACGGGUGACGUCAUCUUCUACAGUCUGUAGUGUAAGCAGGAGCAACAACACUGACUGGAGAAGUCAGCCUGUCUGCCAGUGAAACGGUUUCCCUUCAGCCAGCGCCGAUGGACAACGCCCAGGAGCGACGCAAGCCCACAAGGAAUAAUAAACGAGGAAGUCGAGGCUUUGUUCCUGAGGUUGGUUCAUCGUGUGGAACCUUCACCUAUAUGGAACGGGCGAUGGAGCAGCUUAACGUACAGCUCAACCGGCUGACCCGUUCCUCCGCCGGGCCAGGGACCGUGGAACUCCCGGAAGAUAAUGAAACUGCUGUGUACACACUGAUGCCUAUGGUCAUGGCUGACCAGCAUAGGUCAGUGUCAGAGUUGCUGCUCAACUCCAAGUUUGAUGUGAACUACGCCUUUGGACGGGUCAAGAGAAGUCUACUGCAUAUUGCUGCCAACUGCGGGUCAGUGGAGUGUCUGGUUCUGCUGCUGAAGAGAGGAGCCAACCCAAACUACCAAGACAUCUCAGGCUGUACCCCUCUGCACCUUGCUGCUAGGAAUGGACAGAAGAAGUGUAUGGGCAAACUACUGGAAUAUAAUGCUGAUGUCAAUAUCUGCAACAAUGAGGGACUGACUGCUAUCCACUGGUUGGCAGUAAAUGGUCGAACCGAGCUUCUGCAUGAUUUGGUCCAGCACGUGUCCAAUGUUGAUGUGGAGGAUGCCAUGGGGCAGACUGCUUUACAUGUAGCCUGUCAAAAUGGACACAAAACGACAUGUGUGUGUCUUCUGGACAGUGGAGCUGAUAUCAACCGGCCAAACGUCUCUGGAGCCACACCUCUUUACUUUGCCUGCAGUCAUGGUCAAAGAGACACAGCACAGAUCCUGCUGUCUAGAGGUGCCAAAUAUCUUGCUGACAAAAAUGGAAUCACUCCUCUGGAUCUCUGUGUGCAGGGUGGAUAUGAAACCUGUGAAAUUCUCAUCCAGCACCACACCAGACUGUUCCAGACCCUCAUCCAGAUGACACAGAAUGAUGAUAUUAAAGAGAACAUGCUCAGACAGGUUCUGGAGCAUGUCUCUCAGCAGAGUGACAGUCAUUACCAGAGGAUCUUGACCAGUCUUGGUGAAGUGGCUACUACAAACGGACACAAGCUUCUCAGCUUGUCCAGCAAUUAUGAAGCUCAGAUGAAGAGUCUUCUGAGAAUUGUUCGUAUUUUCUGCCAUGUAUUUCGCCUUGGGCCUUCAUCACCUAACAAUGGCAACGACAUGGGCUACAAUGGCAACAAGACACCUCGCAGCCAGGUCUUUAAGCCACUGGAGCUGCUGUGGCACUCUCUGGAUGAGUGGUUGGUGCUUAUCUCCACAGAGCUGGACAGGAACAGGAAGAACCCAUCUUCCUCCUCCUCCAGCAGUGAGAUAGCCUCUCUGCUUUUUAAACAGCGCGAGUCUGAUAGCUCUGUUGCCACACCAAAGCUUCCCUCCUUGUUGGACCAUCAUAUCGUCAUGGAGGCAGAGGCGUAUGGUGAUGGAGAGGAUGUCAUCUCCAUGACAGCCAAUCGGCUCAGUGCUGUUAUCCAGGCCUUCUAUAUGUGCUGCUCCUCUCAGAUGCCACAAGGAAUGACAUCCCCCUGCUUCAUUGAGUUUGUCUGCAAGCAUGAUGAGGUGCUGAAGUGUUUUGUAAACAGGAAUCCAAAGAUAAUCUUUAACCACUUCCACUUUCUGCUGGAGUGUCCUGAGUUGAUGUCACGCUUCAUGCAUAUAAUUAAAGGCCAGCCCUUCAAGGAUCGCUCUGAGUGGUUCUAUGAGCAUCUACUGGCCGGUCAGCCAGAUUCAGACAUGGUUCAUCGUCCAGUCAGUGAGAACGACAUCCUGCUCGUCCACAGAGACUCCAUAUUUUGGAGUAGCUGUGAGAUGGUUUCCAAGUCCACCAAUGAGAAACUCAAACAGGGCAUUGCUGUUCGCUUCCAUGGAGAGGAGGGCAUGGGACAGGGUGUGGUUCGGGAGUGGUUUGACAUCUUAUCCAAUGAAAUCAUCAACCCAGACUAUGCUCUGUUCACUCAGUCAGCAGAUGGUACAACUUUUCAGCCUAACAGCAACUCCUCAGUAAACCCAGACCAUCUGAACUACUUCCGAUUUGCAGGUCAGAUUCUUGGCCUGGCUCUGUACCACCGACAGCUGGUCAACAUCUACUUCACUCGCUCAUUCUACAAACACAUUCUGGGUAUUCCAGUGAACUACCAGGAUGUGUCAUCCAUCGAUCCAGAGUAUGCUAAGAAUCUGCAGUGGAUUCUGGACAACGACAUAAGUGAUCUGGGUCUAGAGCUCACCUUCUCUGUGGAAACGGAUGUGUUUGGGGCAAUGGAGGAAGUGCCACUCAAACCUGGAGGGACCAGUAUCCUGGUCACACAGGACAACAAGGCUGAAUAUGUCCAGCUGGUGACAGAGCUGAGGAUGACGAGAGCCAUUCAGCCUCAGAUAAAUGCCUUCUUACUGGGAUUCCACACCUUCAUUCCCCCAUCCCUCAUUCAGCUUUUUGACGAAUAUGAAUUGGAACUCCUGCUGUCAGGGAUGCCAGAGAUCGAUGUGCAAGAUUGGUGCCAGAACACGGAGUACACCAGUGGCUAUGACCCUCAGGAGCCAGUAAUCCAGUGGUUCUGGGAAGUGGUAAAGAGCUUGACCCAGGAGGAACGCGUUCUUCUGCUUCAGUUUGUGACCGGAAGUUCCAGAGUUCCUCAUGGUGGCUUUGCUUACUUGAUGGGUGGCAGUGGUUUACAGAAAUUCACAGUUGCUGCAGUACCGUACACCUCCAACCUACUGCCUACCUCCAGUACCUGUAUCAACAUGCUGAAACUCCCAGAAUAUCCAAGCAAAGAGGUCUUGAAAGAUCGGCUGCUGGUAGCGCUGCAUUGCGGGAGUUACGGGUACACCAUGGCGUAAACGUCUUGCCAGCUCCUGCUGCUAUGACAGUCUGCAAGUCAUGCAACUCCCACCUCCUCCUCCUUCACAGACCCUUUUUGUAGUCAGAUGCUGCUUUUGAUAUACAAAUAAAGAUAAUCAAAAUUGUUCUUGAAGAGCUGCUGAAGAAGCACAACAGACUGAGCAGAGACCACAGGUUCUAGUUCACCACACACAUUUACUGAUUGAAGCUGGUAUCUGGCCAUUUCUGCUUUCUGCAAAUAAUAAUUAUAUAACAGAAUUUAUUUCAUGAACUCCUUAUUUAAAACACACAGUAUUAUAGUAUUCCUCAUAAAAUGCAACCUUACUGAAUGCCACAGAUCGAUUUUGUUCCAGUGGAACAAGCAUAGAAAAUAAUUGAUCAGUUUUGAACAUGCAAUCAGUCAAUGUGCAUCAAACAUAUCAGGAAUAAGAUGCAGGUAUAUCAGACUGAUACUAUGGAACAAAUCUGUAUUUUGUGUUUGCCCUGCCACUUGCCUUCUGUUUCAAUCUCCCUAUUUUAACACUCCGUGAUUUUUUAGUCAGUAGAUUUUGUCUGAAUAACUCAAAUGACUUACCGUCAGGGUCCGGUAAGAGGCCAGUGCCAAUAUUUUAUCUAAGUGGGGUUUUUGUAUUACCUCAUUGCAGAGAAAUCAGAAUAUUUAGUUUAAAUACAGUAAAUCAAUAACUGCAUAGACAAAAUGAUGCCAACAGCCUCAUGUUCUAGCCAUAUGUUGUACUUGUCAUUCAAAAAUGAGAGCAGAUCUUCCACUGUUGUAGUUUCAGGCCACCCACCAGGAGCUAAACCUGAUGGCAAGGAUUUUUCUAAUGUUGGCUGAUGCGGCCCAGAUUAUAAUCUGUAUUUGUGUUCAUCCCAAAGCUGCUGGAUGGCAUUAAAAGUGAGGGUUUUGCGGGCCAGUCAAGAUCUUACAAAGGAAGCCAGGAAAAGCACUCUGGUUACCCCUGUCUGUGUUGGAACACAAGAGGGUCAAAUUCCAAUUGGUGACAGAAAAUACUGAUGUCUAAAAUAUUGUAUGAUGCAGUAUUAACAUUUACCAUGACUGACACUGAGCAAUCUGAACCUGAAGAAACAGACACAGACUAAAAGUACACCAAAGUAUGUGGAUGGAUUUGUCCAUUUAGCUAAUGUGCUACUAUUUGUUGAGGUUAUUUCAACACAAGAAACUCCUGCACACUCACUGCUGUUUGUUCUGUAUUAUAUAAGAGAGUUUGUCAAUUUAGAAUUAGCUGUAUGGGUCCAGAUUUAGUGGCUGUAAAUGACCAGUCCAGUUACUCCAUUAGUGUGAAAAGCAAACAGGCUGCAGAAGUUGACAUUGCAUAACUACAUCAUACGCUGGAGCCGACUAGAGCUGGAACUGUGUCAGGACAUCUAAAUUGCACUUUUAGCUCUGUCCUCUUCAGUUUCCAGCUUUCACCAUUUUAGUAUGGAACUGUGAAAUGUUUGCCAAACACACACAUAUAACUUAGGCUUUAUUUAAUUUUAUUAAAUAGCUGCAAGGAUUGAGUGCAGAGCAAACAGGUGAGAUGUUGCACACAGGUUCACUUUAAGAAUCAAUACCUUUUUCUUUCUUUUUUUUUUUUUUUUUUUAGCAAAAAACCCCCCCAAAGAUGAUUGAAUCCACUUGGAUGCAGUGACAUCACUUAGAGGAUAGAACAUAACUAAUCACGAAAUUAAAAAAAUAAAGCAACUGAUUCAGUAGGUGUAAUAAUGAAAAUAGUUUAGUGUACAAAGCCCAUAGGUUACUGCAGAUGGUAUAGUUGCAGAUUAUGUUUUUGCUUUUUUGAUUACAUAUUAAAUUAUUUAGUGUUUGAUUGCUAAAUAAAAUGAUCCACCACUAGCAGCGUAUUUUGGGUAAAAGCCCAGUGUAAUAAUGUCUUUUAGGACUCUACAGUGCUUCACUGUUGCCAUUUAUUGACUUGCUUCAUGCAAAUUACCAAAGUAAAUAAUUAAUAUAAAGGUGCAAAGGGAAAGAGAUACUUGGCCCUGGUACUGGCACAGAUAUGUCACUGAUCAAACAGAAGUAAAGACAUUGUCAGUGGGUAACAAUUUGUAUUUGAUGGAGAAUAGUAGUAAAGGGGGUGCUGUCACUGCAGGAACACAAUUUGUUUUCGUUUCUUUUGGGUAAUUACAAUUAUGAAGAAAAACAUACAUUAACUAAAAGCAAAGUAUAGCUGUUUAUUGAUUUCCAAGCAAACAUAAGUUUUAUUUCAGUUGUAUUUCAGUCUGGACUUAUUCAGCUGUGAUGGAAAGUGUGUUUGCGAAAAAGAAACCGUUGUACAUUACAUUGGUGUAGGUAGUGGACUUACUUUCUGGCAAUGGUGUUUUCCUUGUUUGAAUACACCCCUCCAUUCCUGUAGCAUAAAGUGCAUGUGUCUGUGAUAGACUGUGAGAAGUUCAUUUUUUACAUCACUAUUUUGCUGUUAUUUGUAAUCUUCUUUCAUGAUAGCCUUCUAUUUGUACUUGUCCUUGUUUCACAGAAUUUUACAACAAACAAUAUAUAUAGUUUGUCACGACAAAAGGGAUUGAGGUAACAUUAUGAAUGUAUCACACAAACCUCUUGGGUAGUUUUCCUUCUUUCCGUUUUUAAAGGGAGUAUACACAUUGAUUUACUCUUUCAUCAUAUCUGUCGGUAUUGCUUUGAAUUCAGUAUCUGAAAUGCUUUUGUAAAGAGAUGUUCAUGUUUUCUUGUAAAUGCAGCCUUCAUACAUUCUUCUGCAAAUGUUUGCAGUAUUAAAUUAGGUAUUUUACCAUGAAAUAUAUGUUAUGCAUUAAAAUUUUAUCUAAUAAAACAUGUUUUGAUACUCUUAA